GCCAGCCCCAAGCCUAUAUUGUAUGUAAGCUGCGCCACAUACUCGUACGCCACAUUCGCCAGGGACAGCUUGGUACUCAACACCAUUGACCUGGACAAACGAGGAUUCUGUGAGACGACUCGUUCGACCCUUCUCCAAUCACACAUGGCGACCGCAUCAAGUACGGGCUGGGCGCAGCUGCGCCAGCAGGCUAGGACAUUAGAAGCUCAGACCGAGACAGCCCUCCAUACUUACUCCCAGUUCUCGACUGCGCCCAACAUCCCUCCGAAACCGACCGAAGAUGAGAAGAACACGGAAUCAAAACUCCAGGAUCUUCUCGAGAAGAGAGACAAAGUUGUCGGGCAGCUCACGCGGCUCCUCGACUCGGAGGCGGCGCUAACCUCGUCGGCGCUAAAGCAAAACAACCUAUCGCUACUCCGCGACAAGCUAGCGGAGCACCGGCGGGACCUGGCACGGCUCCGGGGGUCGCUCGGCGAGGCACGCGACCGGGCCAACCUGCUGUCGUCGGUGCGGGACGACAUCGACGCGUACCGGUCCAGCAACCCGGAGGCGGCCGAGUCCGAUUACAUGCUGGAGGAGAGCGGGCGGAUCGACCGCAGCCACGAGGCGGCCGACAGCGUGCUGAGCCAGGCGUACGCCGUCCGCGACGGCUUCACGCUGCAGCGCGAGACCCUCUCCAGCAUCAACCGCCGCAUCACCCUCGCGGCCAGCCAGGUGCCGGGCAUCAACUCGCUGAUCGGGAGGAUAUCGGCCAAGAAGAGGAGGGAUGGCAUCAUCAUGGGCUCGUUUAUCGCCCUGUGCUUCCUGGUCUUCUGGUUCUUUAUGUGACCUAUGGGACUUCAAGGAAAGAAGAGUGGGGACCGCUUGUACAUUCUUUACGCGGAUUCGUUAUGGUGGCGCAUCCAGCAUUGGCACUGGCGUUGGGACGGUUUUCUUUACGGCAGAGCUGACAUUGGCUUUCUUCUGUCAAGGCAUUUCGUGGGAAAGGGGUAUCUCUUCAGGUGCAAUAACACAGAUGGUACAAAAACAGUAAUAAUGCAAAAAAGAAAGAUGCAGGUCAGCUACG